GCUUCUCCAUUUCCCACGUUCUUAAUCCCCAUGGAUCCCCAACCGUAACCAUGGCAACGCGGGUCGAGGUCGGCUCCAUAACGUCUCUGACAGGGGUGCCGGGCCUUGGAGAGAUUGGUAAAGAGGACACCCUGAAGCGGACCUACUUCCUCCAGGCUGGUGAACCCUCAGGGCCUCCCUCGGCCCGGAUCUUGGAAGGAAAAAGCGCCGUGAGGAGCCCGGCCCGCUUACUCCCUCUGCCGAGGCUCGCCCCCAAACCCUUCUCCAAGGAGCAGGCCCCAGAAGUGAAAUCUCCAGUGUCGUCUUUGUGGCCCGGUCUGACCAAGUCGUCCCCUUCCAGUGGGCUGUCUGAGGAGGUGGCAGCGAAGGAUCUGGACCAGAAGAUGCCUGGCUUGAUGGGGCAGGAGGCCCGUGGCGGGGAGGGGUCGAGGAGAAGCUCCUCUGCAUUCAACAGGGCUCCAUUUCCCCGGCCCGGCCCCAACACCAUGAUCCUCUUUGAAACCACCAAGCCCGGCCCCGCUCUGAAGAAGGGGGUCAGUGACGGGGCUCAGGACGUCCUGCCUGGCACCAGGCCUGAGGUGGCCGUCAAGCCCGCCCUGCCCGCCCGAAAGCCCUCGGGGACCCUUCCCAGACCGGCCUCCCUGUCGCAGGACAUGAAGCUGACUGCACCCCAAGAGGAGUCAAGCCCAGACCAGCCUCUCCCAAAGGCCAGCAGCGUGGAGGACAGGGCGGACCCUGCUCCGGAGCCCAGGCCUCGCCUGAAGAGGAGGCCCAUGUCGGCCAUUUUCACCGACUCUGUUCAGCCUCCGAAGCCAGGCGCAGUGGGGGUGGCCACGGUGGGGAAGGCGCCCCCCACCCCUCCUGAGAAGACGUGGGUGAGGAAGCCCAGGCCUCUGUCCAUGGACCUCACGGCCCCGUUUGAGAGCAAAGAGGCCUUGCUGAGGAAGGUGGCCGAGGAGGGAAACGGGGCAGCCGGGGGGCCUGGUGCCCAGUGGCGGACCCCAGAGAGGCCCACCCCAGAGCCCAGGGGGGACGGGGAGUGCUUGGCCAGAGAGACUUCCCCUCAGGACCCAGAUGCCGACUUCCUGGAGGUGGCCAAGAAAAUCCGCGAACGGCAUGAGAAGAUGCUUUCAAAGCAGGUGGACACCGGCAGCCCCAGGUCCCCCGGGGGCUCAGCCAGGGCCACCCCCAGAGAUGACCAGAGCCCUUGGGAAGAGAAAGCAAAGCUGGACCAGGAGCCGCGGAAGGUUCCUGAGUCCCCUUCGCCCAGGUCGGGCAAAGGCCUAGAACUUGCCGAGGUCAAGAGCAGAGUGGCCAACGGGGAAGCCCCGGCAGGGGACGAGUGGACCUCCAGGGGGAGCGUCAGGAAGCGGAUCAGCCUAUUUGGGGAGGAGGGCGCCCUGGGCAUGGCGGCAGGGUCUGAGUCCACCUUGGCCACCCCGGAGUCCUCGUCGGCAGCCGCAGAGCCUGGGAAGGGGGGCGUGAGCGUCCAGGAGCGGAUCAAGGGCUGGCCUGCUGAGAGCCCCUCCGAGGCCAAGCCCGAGGUCAGCAAGAGGGUGUUCCAGGCACGGCCGCUGUCGGCAGAUCUGACCAAACUGUUUUCAAGUUCGGCUGGAAGCAACGAAGCCACGUACGAGAAGUUUGCUGAGCCGAGCGGCGAGCUGCCCAGGGGACCGAGAGAAAAGCCAAAGGAAAAGCACAGUGUGGAUGGAGCACCUGCCCCGAGAAGCUCCUGGAAGCCCGGGCCGCUCCGGGAGAGAUCCAGGCAGACGGAGCGGGAAGACGGCUCUGACCAAGACCCUGACAGCUGUCGGGGUGAGCACUCAGGACGACCGCUGCGUCCUUCUGAAGUCACUCCAGAAGAUGACGGAAGCUUCCAGACCGUGUGGGCCACGGUGUUUGAGCAUCACGUGGAGAGGCACACCGUGGCCAGCCCGUCAGGGCGCUGUCUGUCAGCCGCACCUCCUGGCGAUGUGGCUGAUGGCCACGUCUCCGAGCCCACAACCAGGCCCGAGAAAGGCUCUCGGUUGGGUAAGGAGUCGCUGGAAGUGAUAAACCCCAAGAAAGAGAACUCCAGGUGGUUCGACAAUGCAGAGACAGAGAGAUCGGGACGAACUGCCCUUCCAAACGGUGAGCCCAGACGGUAUCACACGCCCCUUCUGGAAAAGUCCCCUCUGGGUGAAAAGCUCAAUAAUAACCCCUUCCUCAAGCACUCAGAAAAUCCGUCCCCUCUCCAGAGGAUUGAGCCCAAGUAUGAUGUCGUGUACACAGUGGGGAAGCGUGCACACAGUGAGGCUGUCUCCACGGCACUGGAGGAGAAGGCUGUGGCUCUCCGAAGUGGCAGGCCACUGCUCGCACCGAAGGGGGGACAGCUGCCCCAGGAGGCUGACCCGGAUUGCAGUCCGGAGGGCCAGGCGGGCUCUGUGCAGAGGGCCAGUUUGAUUUGGGAAGCUCGAGGGACGCAGGAGGCCACGGGGCCAAAGCCCGACAUCCGAGAACCAAAGGAAGUAUUGGGGGUCCACUGCCCAUCACCCAAGUGGAUGGGCGGGAUGGCGGCAAGUUGGCAGAAAGCCCCCGUGGCGGUCAGUGACGAGCCCUGUGCUCCCGAGGGCACCUCUGUGAGGGUUAUCAAGGCUACCUCCUGGGAGGCCCAGCACCAGGGGCCCGAAAGGGCCGGAAACAAGCCAGGAGGCUUUGUCUCAGCCAAAGAAAGGGGCCCUCCCCAAGGGGAUCCCCUGGAUCCUUCUUCCAGGGCCAAGGACAAGCCCCCUGAGCCCCGAGGACAGGCACGUUCAGAUGUGGUUUCUGUGCAGAGGGGCUCCCUUACCGCAGAAGGCCCACGGCCAGCCCUGGUGCCUGAGCCAGAAGUGAAAAUGCGGAAAGCCGGUCCCACGGAUCAGAGAGUGGACAGAUGGAGGCGGCGGACUUUGCCCCAUGACGUGAAAUUUGAUGUAUUCAGCUUCGUGGCCCCAGAGAGCCCUUCGAAUGUGGAGCAGAGACAAGCAGAGUAUUUGACCCCCACAGCCGGUGCCUUAAAACAGCUGCCCCACCAUCGGCCGGACGCCCAGGAGCUGAGCCCAGCGGCUGCACAGGACAAGACGUUCCCAACGGUGAAACCAGGGUCCCCCGUAGAGCCCAGGGCGACAUUUUUUGCAGUAACCUAUCAGAUUCCUGAUACUCAGAAGGUAAAGGGUGUCGUUAAGUCAGGGCCUGAAAACUUGCCAGAAUAUUCUCGAAAGAUAGCUGCUCCUCCAUCUCCUCAUUCUUUAACAUCUACUGCAGUUUCUCAUAACCAUGCAGAGCCCCCGGACCGGGCCAGGGGAGGAGAGCGUGGAAGCGUCAGCAGUUCGAGGACUCCAAGGCCAGCAGAUCGUUCAUCAGCUCGUGGCGACGGGACUCUGGACCCUUCUCGCGAAAGAAUCGCUAACGUGGACGCUUUAUGGCUUCGCCGGAGAUCUGAAGACAUCACCGGAUUUCAGAACGAUUGGAAGGAGAGCGGGAGCAAGGUGUCCCUCAGCAGCAGCGCCCCCCAAACUACCCCGAUUUCGAAAAGUCGUCCGAAAGAUCUCGUCAGAAGGAAGACGGACGUGGUCAGUGAGACGUUCCCGGGUAAAAUCCGAGACACCUACCGGUCCAGCGUCCUGGACAUCGAUGCGCUGAUGGCCGAGUACAAGGAGCGGCCCUCGACAGUCCCCGGGGAGGCCCAGGAGCGGAAGGAGGGUCCGAGUCCGGAGCCCAGCGUGUCCCCUCGGGAGAGGCCCGGCCAGCGCGGUGGGGUGGACCGGAGGAGGAGGAGCCUGAAGGAGCUGUCGGACGCCGAGGGUCUUCAGAAGCAAGCUGGCCGUUCUGACACGAACCACCGUCCCACUCCUGGUUCAGGCCAGCAGCUGGCAGAGACCCCGGGGACAGCCGCCAACACCAAAUCCAGGCCUCCUCUCUGGGCCCUGCCACACUCGGCUCCUUCCGAAAAGUCUCCGGGGGCCUCUUCUGUCCCUGCAGGUCCCAGGAAAAAAGCCUCUGGAGCAGCGGAGGACGAACCCAAGGCCGUCGCUAGUAAGCACCCCGGCACAAGUCAGAGUUCCCCUGCCACGGCCAAGCCCUCUGCCCAGGAGGGUCCUGGCGGCGGGGUCAGGGUGACACCCAGAUCGCCUCCCUCUGACCGGAAGAAAGGGGCCCCAAGGAAGUCCACGGGGCGUGGAGAGGAGGGCAGUGUGCCCCAAUUUGAUGGCCACCCCCGAGACUGUGGAAGGCUGCCCCUGGAGGUCAAGAGGGCUUGCUCAGAGAAGGGCCCACCUGCCAGGAUCCGAGAGGGCCUGUCCGUCAUGCAGGAAGCCAGAGAGCGCAGGCGGGAGCAGCCCGGAGGGAGGCCCAGCCUCUCCGGGGAGAGUCCAGAUGCCAACAUGGGACCCUGCCGCCGGGAGUCAGGGACUCGGGACAGUCACAAGAUGCCGCUGCGGGACCUGGAGAAGGAGGAUGCCUCCCAGGAUAACGGGCAGGUGUCCCCUGUGGCCUUGGGCCCCUGGAGAAGCCACAGCUUCUGCAAGGACAAGCGGAGCGGGCCCUUUGUGGACCAGCUGAAGCAGUGCUUCUCCAGGCGGCCCCCCGAGGCCAAGGACACCGACACCCUCGUGCGUGAGGCCGACAGUCAGUAUGGGACGUGGACAGACCAGCGCCAGAGCGGGGAGAGCCUGGCCCCUGAGUCCCCGUCCCCGGACAGCAGUGCCACGUCGGCCCGGAGACAGCCCCCUAGCAGCCGCCUGUCCUCCCUGUCCUCCCAGACGGAGCCCACCUCGGUGGGGGACCAGCACGACUCCAGGGACCAGCGGAGCACCAGCGCGGACCGCUCCAGCACCGACCUGGACUCCACCGACGGCACGGAGGGGCCCCCCGCACCGGACACCCCUGUAAAGAGAGCGGACGACUUCUCCUUCAUCCAUCAAACCUCAGUCCUCGACUCAAGUGCCCUCAAGACCCGGGUGCAGCUCAGCAAGAGAAGCCGCCGCCGGGCUCCCAUCUCCCACACCCUGCGGCGCAGCCGGCUCAGCGAGGUGGAGAGUGGGUCUCUGGAGGAGCCUGACAGCGCAUGGAUGUUCAAGGACUCCACAGAAGAGAAAUCGCCUCAGAGGGAAGAGUCAGAUGAGGAGGAGAAGCCACCCAGGGCUGAGAGGACGCCCGUUGGCCAUCCACAGAGGAUGCCCGCAUUCCCAGGCAUGGAUCCGGCGGUUCUGAAGGCUCAGCUGCACAAGAGGCCCGAGGUGGACAGUCCCAGCGAGACCCCCAGCUGGGCCCCCCAGCCCAAGACCCCCAAAUCCCCCUUCCAGCCGGGGGCCCUGGGCAGCCGCGUGCUGCCCUCCAGCAUGGAGAAGGACGAGAGGUGAGGGUCUUGGGGAGAGGGUCCUCCCUUCCCACAGUGCAUGGGCUCCAGAGCGCUGCUUGUGUGGGUCCCAGAGCCGAGUGGAAGGAGAGUUUCAACCCAGUUUCUCCUCCAGCAGCAGGAGCUUUGUUGGGGUGAACCCUCAGCGUGCUAAUACCUAAAAACUCAAUAGUGCAGGGGCCUGCCUUCCCCCUUCCCUUCACCUCCCACACAGAAACCCAGGCUCUGUGGCUGCAAAACUACUGAUCUAAUGUAGCCCUCUGCAAGGGGGGAAACUGAGGAUCCGCCCUCCUCUGACCCUCCAGGGAGGUUCCUUUGUCUCUGGAGAAUCAGGAAGACCCGGGGAGCUGGGUCCAGGGGCACAGACGGGUGGAACAGAGAAGCUGAACUCAGGAGAGUUUGCGGAGCUGCUGUCCCGGCGGCGGGGCGAGGUGGACUCCACGCGGAGUUGGGUACUGCAGCUCCCUCCCCACACCGAGGCUUCAGACUGAGGCAUCUCAGCAGCUGCAGGUGGAGGCUCAGGGCCGUCGGGCCCUCACUUCACACACCCAGGCCCUCAGUCCACCUGGGCCCCUUAAGAGCUGUGUGACCUGUGAAAAGCCACUGGACUCCUCAGCCUUAGUUUCCUCAUCUGUAAAACAAAGUUCCUCACCCCCCGAACCUUCUGGGUGGCCGUGAGGGUGAGUAAGUGUCUGUACGAAGGCCUUCACGUGGGGCCUUGUGUGAAGGAGUCUUCAGGAAAGGGGAGUGGGAUUCUGAGGACUGUUAGCCCAGGAAGGGACGGGGUUACCUGUGAGACUAAAGUCGUACCAUGACAGAGAGCUCACGGCCUGUAUUGUAAAUAAAGAUGACCUACGUGUUGUCUGUGGUUGCUCUUGAGUUUCAGCUGCACAGUUAAGUAUUCAGAAUAGACAGCCUAGAGCCCACAAAGCUGAAAACAUGAGGGAUCUUCUAAAAGUUCAUGAAAAUUUGUAUUAUGAAAAGUCUGUGCAUGGGGGACUUGCAAGUGACAUAGUUGUUAAGGCACUGGACUCCCACAUGGUCUACU